ACAUCGUCAGUCGCAAUGCGAUUGCCGCACGUUCUUGUUGCUGUUGCGGCGGUGUUUCUGUCGCUGGCGCAGGCAGAAGACAAGGCGGCUCAGGUGACGGACGUAGCAGGUGCUACGGCGAACCACGCGAAGACCGCAGCGAGUCUAACAACGACUGCACUGCCUGCAAAUGGAGAUGCGACAGCGAAGGCAAUCGUUGCAACGGGUGUUUCGAGUGCUACAACUACACAGGGACUGCCUGCUACGGUGGUGCAUGGAACAAGUGAACCUGGCGGAUAUCAGCACGACGUUCCUCGAUAUGACGAAUCUACCAAAAUCCUGGACGACUUCAACCCUUACUUGGAAGACGAGGAAGCGUCCAACGGCAUGGGAAUUUUGGGGAAGGAAGCACCACCGCUCUCGGACGCAGACGUUGACGGUGAAGACGAGAAACUCCGUCGCUUUGACUUUGACCCGUCCGAGGGGUUAACCUUCUAUAUCGAGGCGCGUGACAAGAGUUGCUUUUACGAAGACAUCAAGUCAUUGGGGGACACAGUCGGGGGCGCGUACGUUGUAUCGACCGCUAGCGCUGCCAUCGACGUGGAUGUGAAAGAUCCAUACAAGAACACAGUGUUCCAACGGUACGGCGAUGCGGAAGGCACGUACGAAGUGCACCCCGACGUGACGGGGUUGUUUGAAAUCUGCUUUACCAACAACGACCACCAAUCCAAGCUCGUGACACAUGUCACCAACACGUUGCAGUCCCAACACCCCGUGGAAAAAGAGCAUGUGAGCAUUUUGGCCAAGUACGCAUCCCACUUGGACAUCAAGUUGGGCGAACUUGAGUCGGAGCAACGACUGAUGCAGCUGCGGAUUGACCGGCACAUGAAGACGGAGAAGAGCACAAACGACCGGGUAUCGCUCGCUGGGACGAUCGAGAGUCUGGUGUACGUUGUCUGCGUGCUGCUCCAAAUCUAUUACAUUCGACACCUGCUGCACAACCCCCGCCAAGGGCGCAGCUGGGCGUAGGAGUCGCAUUUGGAAAUGACAAGUCUCCCUGCUUGUUGGUUGGGGUUUACGCCUCGUCUCGCGGGAAAAAUACACGGCGCGUCGACUCGAACACCGUGUCGGCCACGUCGUGCACGUCCAUCUCAUGAAUCGCACUCACCACUUCCAGCACUUGGCUACACCACAUUCAAUACCUUCUUCGAGCCUGUAUCAUGGGAACGUACAUCAUCGUGUUGGGCUCGUUGCGACCCU